GGGCCCGAGGAAGGGGCGGGCCGGUGACGUCACGGGCCGCCGGCCCAGGGAAGACGCCAAGAUGGCGGCGAACAGCUCUUCCGGCUUCGCGCAGGGCGCCGGCCCGCAGUCCAGCACCCAGCCUCCCACAGCCUUCCCUCUCCCGGCCUCGGGGGCCAGCUACUCCGUGCAGCCCGCUCCUGGUAUGGACCCCUCUGCGAACCUGGCCUUCGCCCCGGCUGCCCAGCCGUCCAGCCCUGGAGCUCCCGCGGGGUAUGGCUGCUACCAGCCCCACUCUGGCCAGGAGUUUGGUUAUAGCAGCCGACCCCAGGAGCCUGUCCCCGGGCCCAGCUCUGCACCCACCUAUCAGGACACUUACAGCUAUGGACAGUCGACAGUCACCAGGAGCUACGAGGACAGACAGCACUACGAUCCUGCAGCCUCGGACACGCUCUGCCAGCCAGGAACGAGCCCCCCAGGCUCUGGCGCGUCUGUGUAUCCGGCAGCCAGUGCUUACUACCCGCCGCCACCCACGCAGCCGCAGCCCUCGCCCCCCCCAGGGCCCUCUCAGCAGCUGCAGCCCCUGCCACCCCAGCAGCCUUCCCCACCACCGACGGCACCAGUGGGCUCAGCCCCAUGGGGUGGCCCAGGAAGCAGCCCUAGGGACAACUCUGCCAGCAGCUUCCCCGAGAAGUUCCCCAGCAGGCCACCGAAGCCCAAGGCGGGCCCCAGGCAGCCCCAGCUUCACUACUGUGACACCUGCAAGAUCAGCUGUGCUGGACCCCAGACCUACCGGGAUCAUCUGGAAGGACAGAAGCACAGGAAGAAGGAGGCGGCUCAGAGGACGGGUGUGCAGCCCAACGGCAGCCCAUGCGGGACGCCGGCGCAGCUGCACUGCGGCCUAUGUGCCGUGUCCUGCACUGGGGCAGAGGCCUAUGCUGCCCACAUCCGGGGAGCCAAGCACCAGAAGGUUUUCAAGUUGCACACCAAACUGGGGAAGCCCAUCCCCACCAUCGAGCCGACGCCCAGGAGCCCCGCCCGCAGCAGCAGACCUGAGGCCCCCCACAGUUGCCCAGCUGCAUACUCCAGGCAGGGCAGCCCUGGCCAAGAGACCUUUGGCCUCCAGCACUCCGAGGGAGGGGCUUUGGCCUGGCAACUGUGCUUCGCGUCUCAGGUGUGCAACGACGAGGGGAAAGUGAUCCGGUUCCACUGCAAGCUGUGCGAGUGGAGCUUCAACGACCCCAACGCCAAGGACAUGCACGUCAAGGGGCGGCGGCAUCGGCUGCAGUACAGAAAGAAAGUGGACCCCGACCUCCCCAUUGCCGCCAAGCCCAGCAGCAGGGUGCGGAAGCUGCUGGAGGAGCAGAUGAGGAAGGAGCGGCAGCGGGCCCAGCGGCGGCUGGAGGAGAUGCGCAACUGGUGCUCGGAGCUGAGGCACUACGAGGCGCGCUGCAGAAGGCCGGAGGAGGAGCCGCGGCCCCAGGACGAGGAGCCGCAAGCGGCCUCGCCCGACUGGGCCCCGUCGCCUACCACUCAGCGCAGCUCUGACAAGGGUGACCUCUCCCCACAGCCCAAGCGGCGGCCAGAGUCCAGUGAUGACCGGCACGUCAUGUGCAGGCACGCCACCAUCUACCCCACGGAGGAGGAGCUGCUGGCCAUCCAGAAAGCUGUGUCGCAUGCAGAACGGGCCCUCAAGCUGGUGUCUGACGUGCUGGCUGAGGAGGAGGAGGGAACAGCGCUGUGUCCUCACCCUCGGAUCCUGAAAGGCGUCAUGCGGGUGGGCAUCCUGGCAAAAGGCCUGGUCCUACGGGGGGACAGGAACGUGCAGCUGACCCUGCUCUGCUCAGAGAAGCCCACACACGCCCUGCUGCGGAGGAUCACUGAGCACCUGCCCCAGCAGCUCCUGAUACUGACGGAUGACAAGUACGAGGUCUCCUCUGACCCCGAAGCCAACAUCGUCAUCUCCUCCUGCGAGGAGCCCAGGAUGCAGGUCACCGUGUCCCUCACUUCUCCCCUGAUGCGAGAGGACCCCUCUGUGGACCGAGGAACAGAGGCGUCUCGGCCAGACCCAGGAGAUGUCCUGAGCCCAGAGAGGUGCCUGGAGUCCCUGGCCGCCCUCCGUCACGCCAAGUGGUUCCAGGCGCGAGCCAGCAGCCUGCAGCCGUGCGUGAUUGUCAUCAGGGUCCUGCAGGACCUCCGCCGGCGUGUGCCCAGCUGGGGGGCCCUGCCAGCUUGGGCCCUGGAGCUGCUGGUGGAGAAGGCUCUGAGCAGUGCGUCCAGAUCCCUAGGCCCUGGGGACGCCGUGCGGCGGGUCCUGGAGUGUGUGGCUGCCGGUGCACUCCUAACAGAUGGGCCUGGGCUCCAGGAUCCCUGUGAGAAAGAGCAAAGGGACGUCCUCGGGUCCAUGACCCUGCAGGAGCGGGAGGACGUGACGGCCAGUGCCCAGCACGCCCUGCGCAUGCUGGCCUUCCGGCAGAUCCAUAAGGUCCUCGGCAUGGACCGGCUGCCGCCCAGGAGCAGGCCCGGGGCCCGCUUCCGGAAGAGGCCCCGAGAGGCAGGCAUGGCCGAGGAGGGCGCAGGUGAGAGGAAGCGGGGCCGCCAGGGGGGCGCGGGGCUGGCCUGAGCUUGCGCCUCCCCCGGCCUUCAGGCACAUCUGGACAUGCACCCACACCUGCCACCGGCCCUCGCGGUGGACAGCGGCCUCCUCUGCAGUGAGGGUCUGUGGCUUCCGCCAACACUCGUGUUACACUCUCCCUUGGCCGCAGGCGCUGCCCCCCGCAGCCGGCCGGGGCAGCCCAGUGGCCCACACGCUGGCACUUCCUCUGGUCUCACACUCUUCCCGUACAAAGUGUGAGUCCACGACUGGCAGAGGCCUCCGGGGAGGGCGGCUGUGGGGAAGGCCGUGCGCAGCCGCUGUGAGCAGGCCUGCCCGGGACCAGGGACACCCCCGGGCCCCACCUCACCUGCUCGGCAGCCUGGGGUCUGCAGGUCAGGCACACGUGCGCCCUCUGCCCCUCCCGCCCAGCACCGCCCCCACCUGAGUGCCUUCUGCAGGGGGCUGCUCUGUCACGGGCUCUGUCACCCCGCAAGGCCUGGGCUUCUCCUUCAGUUCCUCCUGAUGCUGUCCCAGUAGGGCCUGAGGCAGGUGGUCCCCAGAGCCCCUCUGGGGGAGCAGGGCCCAGGACCCAGGCCGGGAAAAUGCCCAGCAGGUGUGGUUGUCCCAUGGGCCCUGGGGACACCACCUGCUGCUCCUCACCCUGCCCCACCUCUCCCUCUUUCCUUUCCCGACGGCAUCGAGUGAGGAAAGCCCCUGUGUUCAGACGUGACCUGUGGUCAUUUGAGUCCUUUGAUUUUAUCUCUGCAUCUGAAGGACGGCAUGUAUGGCUCCAUGCCAGGGCCUCUGUCGUACUACCUGGAAGUUGGCGGGGAAUAAAGGAGACCUGCUUGUCUGCG